AUGCAACAAGAAACCGAAAGUUGUGUUUUGGACGAAGAUCCAUUGGAGGUAAGCAAUGAAAAAAGCGAAAACAAAUCGUCGCACGUGAGAGCUAUCCACCCAAGCAAGGAUCUAAAUAGAUAUAUAGUGGACAAGUUCCAUCAACCUACAGCCAAAUCAAAGGCCGCUCCUUUUGAAGCCAUCGAUCUUUCCAUCUAUAAACCUUCAGCUAGAUGCCUUGCUUUCUCGACAUCUGAAGAUCGCCUGUUAUUAUGGAUUGUAGCUUUCCAAUUUCGCUAUUAUGAAAUAACCGGAAAUGGAACCGAUUAUACUGUGAUAUGGGAAGAGCAAGACAACCCAAGCUCAACCUCGAAGUGCGAUAAAAUCUGUAUUCAUCUUUCAAUGAAUACAUCCACUGGCGAAGAAAAAUUGGUAACCAUUACAGUUUUUGGUACAACUGGGAGGAUCCUCGUGCAAGGGAAAAAAUAUGAUGAAUGGAGCAAAUUCGAAUUUCCGGUGAUGCUGAAAAUUGUCAACACUCUCAGCGAUCUUCAACCUCUCUUCACUCUCUUCAGUUGGAGAUGUUUCUCUCUUUGGAGCCUCGCUUCAAAACUUUUUACGAAUUUCAUAACAUUUGUCAGAGAUGAUGACAUCCCAUCAUCAAAUAAUUUGGACGCCGAACUUCCCUCAACAACCAAACCGGAAGCUUUAUUGCCAACUGAAACACUAACAAUCUCGCCAACCCGUUUAAAGACAAUCUCAUCCAUGCGAGACACACUCGGGUAGCUAGAGGCAGAUUUUACAGAAUUUCAUAUGACCACUACCGGGGAUUUGGAACAGCUAAAAGACAAAACCGUUAAACAAGAUCACUUAAUUAAGCUACAAAAACAAUCAUCUGACGAUCUACUCAAUGAUUUUUCCUCGCAGAUUACAUCACUCCAAAAAAUAGUCUCUCAACAAUCAAGCAUCAUUAAAAAAUUGCAAGAUGAAAACCAGAUCCUCCACAAGAAACACGUACAAAUUGACAAAGCAAAUCAGGCCCUGCAAGAAUCACAAAAUAAUCUGAUGACAGAAAUUCAUUUCCUUAAAGAACAAAUGACAGCGCUUUGGCAAAACUCGAAGGAACCUGACCCCCCCAGCCCUUCCUCACAACCCGAGUCUUCUUGCUCCGAAAACACCACUGACAGCGAACAAAAAAAAAUACGGACUGUGAGGCAUCUCGACUACCCAUCACAGCUCAAAAGCUUACAGUAAAUAUUCCCACGGAAAACAGGUUUUCGCUGCUCCAGAAUUGUGACACAUCUGACAGCUUAUCCAACACACAGCAAGAAAUUGUCUCGAGACAAACACAGAAAAUAUGACUCCACCUACUCCACAAGACAUCGCGCCACCGCCGAUCCAAGCAUCAGUAAACAAUAAAGCCGUUUUUCUGUGCGAUUCGAAUGGAAAAUUUAUCGACAAAAGAAAGCUUUUUCAACCAACACAAGAUUUCACAUUCUUCAGAUGUCCCAAAAUUGAACACGCAAGGGCUAUUUUACAAAAUGAAAUUGAUAAAGAAUCGGCUGGACAUCCUCAAUUAAUCAUAAUCCACACCGGAACAAAUGAUCUUACUACAACCACGCCAAUAGACGACUUCAUCUCUGAUAUAUCUGUAUUAAUCACUCAAGCAUCUACAAAGUUCCCAAAGAGCAAAAUCGUUUAUUCAACUCUCUUGCCGCGAACUGACAUUCCCCUGCAUACUUUAUCCAAAAUAAACACAAACCUUAUUGACAGCUGCUCAAAACUACCAAACGUCCAUCUAGUUAAUCAUGACAAUAUCUUCUCCAAGGGAACUGAAGUGUUGCAUGACAGAAAACAUCUUAAAAAAAGACACCUUGGUUUGUUCGCAGCAAACUUAAAAGCAGCCAUUCGUGGUAGAGGAAAACCACCUCGCGCCAACUCCAGCCAAUUGUACCGAUCCUCACUCUCUUCGCCGCACUCGUUUCACACUAGCCCUUCGGAAGGCUAUCCUCCCUCCAGCAAUGGUGUUCGGAACAUACACAGCCAAGUCCACCAAACUUCGCGGCAGCAACAACCUUUACCUUCCCGUUUCCCAUAUACAACUUCCUCGGGUGAUGCCUCUUAUAGUAAUGCUGUUAAAAACGGUCACAACACCUACAACAUUCCGCAAUCACCGCAACAGCAACAGAACUUUCCGCCGCAACACUACAAU